ACACCCAGGUCAAAGGUCAAACACUGUCCUAAAUUGGGUAGAUGUGUGUCUGUAAUUGAUUAAAUGUUUCACUUCCCAGCGUUUUAUGUUUUUGGCUGGAUUGUGAAUAUUAGCAUAACUCAUUUGAUUGGUUUUUAGAGUGUGCCACACAUCUGGGCUGUGGUUAUCCUAUUUUUCUUACAUGACACCAAAUGUUUAUUCUUUCUGUCUGUCUAUAAAGCUGUCUCUCUUUUUCCUUCUCUUGUUUCCUCUCUUCCCUCCUUCCCUCCCUCCCUGCCUCCCAGCCCCAGGCAGUGUGUCUAGUUUCACAGAGCAAUUGAAGGUGACAGGGACAGAGAGAGAGGGAGAGGGAGGGAGGGACAGAGGGAGGACACAUCACAGUAUCGCCUGGGGCUACACAACAGUAGAGGAAGAGCGAGAGAUGGAGGGACAAAGAGAAAAGAGAGGAGAGACUCACGAAAGUACUCAUAGGGAAUUCCAGAAAAAGUAUUGUCAACAAAGCUGGAGAACAAGGGACGUGGGGGGAUCAGGGGAAUAAAGGUCCACAGUGGAGGAAAGUAACACACAGGACCCCCGCAUCAUUUCACCUGGACACUUGGAGGAAGGACUGGAGGAUCGAAGGAGGGAGCCAAAGGUGACAGCAAACAGGGGUGGACACGCACAGGACAGGACUCCUUUAUUUAUCUUCAUGGUGGUUUGGACACUCGUAGCAUGUAUGAGAAGUUAACCAUGCUGAACCUGCAGAGCGGCUCAAACUGGAGUGGGCCUAACAACUGGUACCAUGACCCCACUGGCGUUCAGACACAACACAGCACAGUGUCUGAGGGCUGUCUGCUGGACACGGAGGGCAGCAUGGGGGGAGAGGCAGGGGGAGGGGGAACAGGCAGAAGGGGAGGAGUCCCUGUGGAGAGGGAAGAAGGCGAGGAGUCUCAGCUGAGGCUUCAGCUCAAGAGGAAGCUGCAGAGGAACAGGACCAGCUUCACACAGGAGCAGAUCGAGGCUCUGGAGAAAGAGUUUGAAAGGACACAUUACCCAGAUGUCUUUGCGAGGGAGAGAUUGGCAAACAAGAUUGAUUUACCAGAGGCCCGGAUACAGGUGUGGUUCUCAAACCGAAGAGCCAAAUGGAGGAGGGAGGAGAAGCUGCGCAAUCAAAGGAGGUCAGGGGGUGUGACUUCCUGUUCACAGAGCCAAGCCCCUCUGACCACUUCCUUCAACACAUCUGUCUAUCAUCAGCAGCACGGCAGCAGUUCAGGGUCCAUGUUGAGUCAGGCUGAGUCGUCUCUGCCCAGCUACAGCUCUCUGUCAGUUUUCUCAUCUGGAGUCCAGUCUAUUCCUCCCCAGUCGGCCUCCUCCUACUCCUGCAUGUUACCUCCAUCCCCUUCUGCCCCGCGCAGCUUUGACUCAUCGGCGUACUCCUCCCCUCAUCUGCAGACUCCGCCCUCGGCCAACUCCAACACCGGGCUCAUAUCGCCCGGCGUUUCAGUGCCGGUCCAGGUUCCAGGAACCGAGCAGCAGGGCAUGAGUCAUAACCUGGGUCAGUACUGGGCCAGAUUACAGUGAACAACAGACAAUCGCCACCAAACCGGCAACACAAAAGAAGAAGGGGUAAAAAAGGGCAUGUAACAAAAAAGUGUCAAGAAAACUAUAUGGGGACACACAGGUUUUAAGGAAGCACAGGACUGAGCUAUAGAGGGGCCUCAAUGAGUUGCAGACCCCGAAAUGCAUUAAAUGUUUACAAAUUCAGCCAAGAGCAGCUUUGGUUGCACUUGACAGUACUCUGGUUAUACUGGUAUUUGCUUAGUACUAUCAGGUUGCACUAGGGCUGAGGUCUGAGGGUUACUGUCUGUGGAGAUGCAACAAGUUUUUAUCACCUGAUAGCUGAGAAUUAGCGUUCGACCCUUCAAAAGUUAGGGUUAGAGUUAGGGUUAUUUUAUUGUGUGGAACAUUUUGGCUUUUACUUGAAAGUUUCAUGAUCUCCCCCCCCCAAAAAAAAAAACAGGGAAAAAGAAAAUGAAAAUGUACUCUUUAUUACACAGAGCUGUAAUACAUAAGCGGACUUUUGAGCUUAAAUUAUUUUAAGCAGAAGAUUGCUUUGAGGUUUGAAUUAUAAACUGUUAAGGAGUUGACCUGACGUUACUGCAAGCUCUCAGCCCAUAAACUUAAAUGUCUCCCAAGUUAAAAAAAUAAAAAUAAAACAGCUUUAUGAACUGCAGCCUGCAGCUUGAAGUUUUCAAAUAUCAAAAGUAGAAACAACUUUUGCUCAUACAUGCUGAGCAAAUGUCAGGGUUAUAAUUAUAAUUCUACCAUACAGAAAUGCUUCGAUAAGUGAUUCAGUGGUACUAAGUAAAUGCCAGCAGAUGUCUGAAUUGUGAAGUGUAACCUCAGUUUUUGUUACUUGAGCAGCUCAAUGAUAUUGUGAUAUAGCGAGCUUGUUCCCUAAGCAUAAGCUGUGUGAGGCUACUGUGAAGAUUUUAGACUUGCUUAUGGCAAUCACUUUUACUAAAACAAAAAAACGUACCAUAAAAAAGUAAAUCCUACCUACCCUGCCAGCAACAUUACACUAAGACUGAUACUGCAUAUUUUUGUACAGACAUCUGUGUAUGAUGAAGAUUACUGUGGAAUAUUGUCAAAUAUUAUUGGAGGGAAGAAUGUAACACGUUGUGGACUCAACUCAUCUUCAAAGCACAAACGUAAUUUGUUAAAAUACAUUAUUAGGGAUGCAGCAUAUCAAUAUUGAUAUUGUCUGAUACUAAGCUAAAAUAUUACAUAUUUACAGGUAUCACAGAUUUUUGCCAAAAACUAUAAUAUAGCAGUUUUCUUUUUGUUUUAUAUAUAUAUAAUUUCUGUAUCAGAUCCAUCAAAAAACAAAAGCAAUUCCAUAACAGUAUUAGCAGUGAUACACACUUGGAUUGGCAGGGAAUCUUUUGUCACAAUCACAAAUGAAGUAUAUCCAUCAGCCAGUGACAAUCAAGCAUCAUUACACAGCAAACAAAAAAGAGGCUGUCUUCAAACCAAAUGCAAAUCAAAUGCAAACACUUGCUUGCGAGACAAUCAAAGCUGGAGGUAGAGGAGAUUUUUUUAAAAAUGGAGAAACUGUGAAAUUAUUGCAACACUGUCCAUACAAGAAAUGACAUUAUCAACUGUGCAUGACCAAAAUAAGCCGCUAUAGACAAUCAGCUACUUGCAGAAAAUAAUCGAAUAUUGUACAAAAGCGUUACUGUAUCUUGCAGGGUUUUAACCUCUGCUCACUUUCCUCUGACUAUUGGUUUUGUUGAUGCAUCUCAGUUUAAAUUCAUAUGAAAUGUCUUUCAACUCUUAUUUAUUUGUCUUUUCACUCGUUCACAUAAGUCCUCUGUGUUGUUUCUGUUGUUGUUGUUUGUUGUGUGUUGUGUUAGUACUGUAUAGCUACCAAGAGUCAACCCUUUUGUGAAGGCCUUGGAUCCCUUUAAUGAAAAUAAAACUGUGUGAAAUGAA